ACAAAAAAAAUGCUCAAGCGUGUCAACCUUCAGCCUGCUCUUGUUGCUGUAGACUGGUUCCUCCAGCCUCUUUGUCCUGUGUCGAUCAAGACGACACAGAGAGAUGCCCGUCAUGUCAGAGCUGUGUUUUUCCUCUGAGAGCCCCGCAGCACUAUAAGUGUUGUAUAAAGCGUCAUUUACCUGUCACUUCCUAAAGAGGACAUAGUUUAUAAAUAUCAUCCAGUGGAGCUGUGGCUCGGGGACUACAAAAAGGCCACCCACAAUCGCCCCCAUUGUUCACUGGCAUCAUUGUCGGUCUGACAUCCCAGCUGCUCGGCCAUGGCCCCCAAGAAAGCCAAGAAGAGGGCGGCGGAGGGAGCCAACUCCAAUGUGUUCUCCAUGUUCGAGCAGGCCCAGAUCCAGGAAUUCAAAGAGGCCUUCACAAUCAUGGACCAGAACAGAGACGGCUUCAUUGACAAGAACGAUCUGAGGGACACCUUCGCUGCUCUUGGACGUCUGAAUGUGAAGCAGGAAGAGAUCGACGACAUGCUCAAAGAGGCUCCUGGUCCCAUCAACUUCACAGUCUUCCUCACAAUGUUUGGUGAGAAGCUGAAAGGUGCGGAUCCAGAGGAGACCAUCCUCAAUGCGUUUAAAGUCUUCGACCCCGAGGGAAACGGCAUACUGAAGAAAGACUACGUGACACAGAUGCUAACGACGCAGGCCGACCGAUUCUCCUCUGAAGAGAUGGAGCAGAUGUUUACCGCCUUCCCCCCUGAUGUGGCUGGAAACCUGGACUACAAGAACCUGGUGCACAUCAUUACUCACGGAGAGGAAAAAGACCAAGAGUGAACCUUUUUCAUCAUGUUUUUUUUUUUUUUUUAAGCAACUCUAUAGGCUAAAAGUGAGAAAUGCAAGCUUUUUGCUUAUGUUAACUUCAUUGUUUCUGUACAGUCAGACUAAAAAAAACAAAAAAAACGAUGCUUCCAAACUAUUUUUCUCAAAACAAAAACAAAUACAGACAGCUAAGAGUUUAAUUGCAACAAAAUGUUUUUGUUCUGUUUUAUUUCUGGUAUAUUUUUGAGACUAAUUAUCAUAUUUUUAUCCUAAUUUUGUAGACCAAAAGCUACUAUUGUCUGUUUUUACAGUGCCUUCAAACUUAUUCGCAUCCCUUGAGCUUUUCCACCAUUUGCCUUGUUCCCCACUACAAACGUCAGUUUUGAUGGCAUGCCAACACAAUCGUGCAUAAUAGUGCAAACAGAAGGAAAAUUAUGCACGUUUUCAAAGUUUUAAAAAAAAUAAAAAUCUGAAAAGUGUGUCAUGCAUUUUCAGUUCACCCUUUACUUUGACACCCCUGAGUUCGAACAGCUUCCUUCAGAAGCCUCCUAAUGAUUUAGCAUGAACAUACCAAACUCCACUGUGGCGAACGGUAGUGGCAGCAUCAUGCAGUAGAGAUGCUUUUCCUGAGCUUGGGUAAAGAAUGGCAUUAAUUACCAAAAAUUAUUAAUGUUUGUUGUUGUUACUUGGC